AUGGCUCUCCAGCUCGCGAUUUUUGCGGUAGUGUUUGUUGUGGCGACAACCGACACUCAUUAUGGAACCCAGUAUGCUGAUGGCUACUCUUAUGCGUCAGCCCACAACACUCCAGGUUACUACGCCCGAACCCAAGGCGUCCCAGUUUUUGCCCCAACCUAUUAUGCUACAAGUCAAGCCCAUCAGUAUUUCCCUUCCGAGGCUGCUGUCCCCGCCUGCGCCUCCAAUUCUAGCCAACUCUGGUGCCUCCAGGACUCCCAGUACCCAGCCUAUGAGAUCCAGCACUCUGCCGAGUAUCACUACUACUACCUUCUCACCCUCUACGCUGACCUUAUUGAUCUCGACACCGCAGUGUACGUCGAGCGGCCCAAGACCUUGGCCCAGGAGACUUACAUCUGCUCCUCAAAGACCUCUUACGUCAGGCCACUGCGAGCAAGGAAUGUCGAUGGUAAGUGGCGCAUCAUCGUCAACAACAUCCAAGUCCAUAAUGGAAAUCUAACCCAAACAACCCGCAUCGAGGAGUGCCUGUCGCCUGGCAAAACUUGUCCUAAGGUUCCCGAGUGCUACAUGUCUAAGUGCCUGCAGAAGUCCAUAUACCACCGUUUCCUCGUCUACGACCAAUAUGAUAACUAUUUUCCUUUUGCCAUCGAGACCUUCAAACUGCCAAGCAGCUGCGCCUGUCGUCUAGGUGCAUACAAAAUCUAACUUGAAGGA